CUAUUUUUAGGAACGUCGUCAGAUAUUUUCUAGGCCUUUAUUUUUUUUCAUUAAAUGUGCCGUAAGGCAAAUAUGCUGGUAUAAAAUCACGUUUGCUUGCGAUUCUCACAAUAGAGAUAUACAGUUCACAUGUAAAGGCAUGACAACAGAGUUCAAAGGACAAGAACUUUACAGAAUGGCAGAAGAUGGAAUGAAAGAUCAAACUUUCAGUAGAAUACUUGUUCAUUGUAUAAUUAUUAGUACAGGUCCAAUCAGAACUGAGUCAUGGUUUGGAGAACAUCGGAGUCGAGAGGUAUGUGAAAUCCUAGGAGAAAAAAACAUUCUUUCUAAUUACAUGAAGGAAUUUCUUGCAGAGGAAGAAAAUGUAGAACCAUUAGCUCGUGAAAACAUAAUGGUGAUGUUCCUCACUGUUAUUUUAUUAUUAUCAAACUUCCUGUCGAUGGUUAUUUCCUCUCGGAGCAAAAAACGAUAUUUUUUACUUUGGACGGACAAAGCGCUGUUACUUGUGCUAUGGACAUGUGGAGAUGUGGAACAGAAUCCAGGACCAAAUAAAACCACUCCUGGAAAGAGAAGAUCUGAAAUUCUACGCGAAUUCCGAAGAUCCGUCCAGACAAUACUACUGGAAUUGAUCUACAAAGCUUAUGGCGAAGAAAUGCCAUCAAAACCAUAUAGCAAAAAUCCACCUGGAUGGGAUGAGUACCAACCAGAAAUAAAGUUUGGGAACAUCUCAAAUCUCAAAUCUAGAGAAGAUAAGAUAUUCAACAAGAUGAUAUAUCUCCUAAAGAACCAAAAGCCCGUGCCUUUAUCAUCUGAGUGGGAAGCUCUACUGAGUCACUACACCAACCUACAUGAAAAACUUGAGGUCGCAGAAAGUAAAAAAGCAUUAAAUUGUUGGAUGCUCGAGAAAAAUCUGGCUCCAUUGUUAAAAAGUUACUCUGAGGAUGUAGAUGACCCAUCAGGAGAAGUAUUGAUCAUGUGCGUAAACAUUUUGAAGAAGGCCCAUGGAGGUGUUUUAGAGACCAAGGAAACCGAUGGCAAAGAUUGGAAAAAACAAGAGAGUAAAACAAAUGGGCCAGAGCAGCUCAUUGCAGAAGCAAGGAGAGAAAAUAUUUCCUCGAAAUUAUUCAAGCUCCAAACAUAUGUUUUAGAGACCAAGGGAGACGAUGAAAAAGAUUGGAAAACACAUGAGAGUGAGCCAAAUGGAUCAGGACUGCUGAUUUCAGAGGCAAGAGAAAAAAACCUUUCCUGGAAUUUAUUGAAGAGUAAAGAAGAGUGUAAAUCUGAUUUUGAGGAAUCAGCAGGUUCGAGCAGUUCAAGUGAUCAUUUUACCGAGAUUCAACGUGUUGAAGUUCCAGAUCAUUCGCAGAGGAAAAGAAAAAGAAUGGAGACAAUAAGUACAAAUGAUCGAUAUGAGGAAAGGAUGGACCACAUUAUAGAUUACAAGAGGACAUAUCCGGUGAAGAACUACACCGCCAUAGUUACUAAGAAAACUCAGGAAACAUCAAAGGAAAACAAUCCAUUAUUCACAUACAACUAUGGAUUAGAUACCCUGAAAACGACUGGUGAACAAAAUAUACGGAUGAAUGAAGAAAAUGUUGAUCUAAACAUGGCGCGAAGCAACAGCCCUUUUAACGAGUCAAGUCGUGACCAAAGUUCUAAGACUGGCGACAAAUUCGGGGUACUAGCAUUUACUGUUUAAGGAAUUGCCAAAUUGCAAAUGAAAUAAAAUCUAUCUUCUUAAUCACAAGU